AUCGUAGACAAACUAGACCAUAGUUCAGACUUCAGUCUUUAGUAUUCGUUAGUCGUUACUUGGUUGUUGUAAGUUACAACUUUUUGAAUAAGAAUACAAUUAUUAUUUAUUUUUAAUUUAUAACCGAUUCAGUGUUGCCGUCGCAUACUGUGUUUGUAGUUUGAUCGAUUUACUUUCGUGCUUACGUAAUUGUCGUGGUGCUGUACUCCCAUUGCAUAAUAAUGAUUUGGUAAGUUGAUUGUGAGUCAAGAAAAAAAAAACAGAAAACAUCCAAUGACUUCUGAAACUCCUCCAUCGAUCAGUGUGUCGUUUGCUUGUAGCAGUGGUGAGAAAAUACCAUUAAUGAAUCGUCGCUAUCAAGUGUUUGACUAUUUUACACGUUUAUUUGGAAACUCGAGUUCUAAUUCGGAGGAAGCACCCAAGGAUGGAUAUGUCGAGUUUGGUAAUAUUGGGGAGGCGACUAGUGGCCGUACACUGGGACCAUUUGCUGGUGUAUUUGCACCCGUCUGUUUGUCCAUGUUCAGUGCUAUGUUAUUUUUGAGAGUGGGAUUUGUUGUUGGAAAUGCUGGCCUCAUUGAAACAUUAUUUCAAUUUGCUAUUGCUUAUACAAUUAUUGUUUUCACUGUUAUGUCUGUCUGUGCUAUAUCAACCAAUGGUGCUGUUGAAGGAGGUGGUGCUUAUUUUAUGAUUAGUAGAACAUUAGGACCAGAACUUGGAGGAUCAAUUGGAACAUUGUUCUUUUUGGCUAAUAUUGUAAGCAGUGCUCUCUGUCUUACAGGAUGUGUAGAAGGACUAAUUGAUAAUUUUGGAGAAUUUGGUUAUUUAAUGCCAAAAGAUAGUUAUAUAUUAAAUGAUGGUCAUUGGUGGAGGUUUACUUAUACAUCAUCAUUAAAUUUCCUAAAUUUAAUGAUUUGUUUAAUUGGUGCAACAUUAUUUGCCAAAACUACUGUCAUCAUAUUUGCAAUAGUUGUUAUAUGCUUACUGUCAUCAGUCAUAAGUUUUUUUUUGAAAUCUCCAUUUCAAGUUGAGGUGCCUGCCGCAAAUACCUUUGUUAAUCAAACAAAUACCACUGUUUUAUUAAACUAUACAGGUUUUAGUUUAACUACUUUUACUGAAAACUUAGGCCCUAGUUUUGGUUAUGAUUACACAUCAAACAAUAUUGCUGUAUCUUUUUCAUCAGUGUUUGGCGUACUUUUCUGCGGUGUGACUGGAAUUUUAGCAGGAGCCAAUAUGUCUGGCAAUUUGAAAAACCCAUCUUAUAGCAUACCUCGAGGAACAUUAGGUGGUGUACUGUUUACGUUCAUAUCUUACAUUAGUUUGUCUAUUUUUACUGCUGCUACAUGUUCACGAGAUUUACUUCAAGAAAACUACGUAUUCCUAAUGCCCAUUAACAUUUGGCCUCCAUUUACUACUAUUGGUAUAUUUACUGCCACAUUUUCAGCUAGUCUUAGUUGUUUGAUUGGUUCUAGCAGAAUUCUUGAAGCAUUAGCAAAAGAUUGCAUUUAUGGUCGAUUAUUGAAAUUUGUUAAUUAUGGAGUUUGGCGUUCAAAUCCUAUAGCUGCAGUUUUAUUUUCAUGGGCAUUAGUACAAAUAAUUUUGUUUAUUGGAUCACUUAAUACAAUUGCUCAGCUGAAUUCUAUUCUAUUUUUAUUGGCUUAUGUAGCACUAAAUUUGACUUGCCUCGGAUUAGAUCUCACAUCAGCUCCUAAUUUUAGGCCAUCUUUUAAGUAUUUUUCUGCAUGGACAUGUUCCUUAGGACUAAUGGGUAGUGUUGUUAUGAUGUUUGUAAUAAAUCCAUUUUAUGCCUCCACGAGUUUUGGAUUGUGUUUGUUACUUAUACUGCUAUUGCAUUUCUUCUCUCCAUGUGAAGCUACUGAAUGGGGAUCAAUAUCUCAAGCUUUAAUAUUCCACCAGGUCCGCAAGUAUUUGCUUUUGUUAGAUCCGAGAAAGGAUCAUAUCAAAUUCUGGAGACCUCAAAUGCUGCUGAUGGUUGCUAAUCCUCGAUCAUCUUGUUCAACUAUAACAUUUGUUAAUGAUCUGAAAAAAAGUGGUUUAUUUGUAUUGGGACAUGUAAAAGUUGACAAGGCAGAAACAAAUUUAGAUUAUACAGACAAGACAAUCUCAUCCUGGUUGACUCUUGUUGAUCACGUGAAAGUAAAAGCGUUUGUUGAACUCACUGUGGCUAAUAGUGUACGAGAUGGUCUACAUCAUCUUGUAAGGUUAUCCGGUAUUGGAGCAAUGAAGCCAAAUACCGUUGUGUUGGGAUUCUAUGACAAUAAAGUACCACUUGACUAUUUUACAAGGUUAGAUUCAGUUUAUAAAACUUCGGUAUUCCAAGGGAUAACAACUAAUGAAGAAAAAUUCCCUUUGAGAUUACCUAACGAAGAAAAAAAAUUAUCUGCAUCAGAAUUUGUAUCAAUGAUCUGUGAUAUAUUUCAAAUGCAUAAAAACAUAUGUAUUUGUCGACAUUUUGAUUUAUAUAAUAAGACUGAUAUUGUCAAAAACAUUAGGUUCAAGUAUAUUGAUGUUUGGCCUGUUAACUUUUUUGGUCCAUCAAUGAAUGACGCAUAUGACACAAGCAGUUUGUUUAUGCUACAGUUAUCAUGUAUUAUUAAAAUGAUAGCUGUGUAUAAAAAACACACAUUGAGAGUACACCUGCUCAACACUAUUGAUAUUCAAAGUCAAAGAAUGCAGUUAAAACAGCUGUUGUCUACACUUCGCAUUAAAGCUAUGAUUAAUGAAGUUACAGAAUGGUCCCAAAUUGAUCUGAGCACUUUAGACAGUGAUAAAAAUGCAUACAUUUCCAGGGUGAAUAAAUUAAUUAAAAACCAGUGUGCUGAAACUGCUAUUUGUUUUGUUUAUUUGCCAAUGCCCAAAGAAAUACGGGGGUCAGAUUUACAAAAUGUAAAUUAUCUUAAUUCACUUACUGAUUUAACCAAUAACCUACCACCUACAGUUCUUGUACAUGGAGUGAGUGCUGUUACAUCUACAACUUUAUAAUACAUAUAUUAUUAUUUAGUGAUUAUUUCAUUAAAAUAUAAUUUUAUUUAUAUAAACAUUACAUA